UUCAUAUUCAUCGGUUCUUAUUCGAGAAGCUGGUGGUAGUCUUGAAACAUUGACGUCCUGUGAUAUUAGAAAUGAUGCCUCUCUUUUCUACCGCUGUAUGGUACGAACCUGAAUGAAAUAUGCCUUAGUACCAUAGAAAACGGAUCACACUGUUAUUUGUUUAGAGUUUGAAGUACCAACGAACAAUAUUUUGAAGGUAACCUUCAGAUCAACGACAACAGAACACCUUGGAUAAGCAUAUAUUCUGCAGCAAUGCUACGGUACUCUGUUUCGCAUGUUUUGAGCAUGCCCAAGCAAUAUGAGCAAUUUCAUCCAGAUGCACACCUCAACUUGUCCGAUACGAUGGAAAACGAGAUGAUGUCAUUACACUUACCAAACACUACGGAAUCUUUCCCGGAAGCCAGCCUAGUUAUGCAAUCCACAGCUCGGCCUACCCUUAUUCAUGAAUCUCCGAAGCGAUCAUUCAAAGGAUAUCAGGUGUUCAAGCGAAAGCUUCGCAUCGCACGAUCAUCCAUGAGUAACCCUUUCAAAAAAUUUCGCUCUUAUAGCCACAGCAGUUUGAAAGUUGAUCACAUCAAUUUCUCAACAUCAAAGGGAAUUGACAACUGUUCAAAUAACCUUCAACGACUUCGCUUAUCAAAGAGACCUGAUAGUGUGGAGAGAAGAGAUAAGUCAUCAGAAGCGCGUCUGUCUGACCCAGGAAGCAGAAUAAUGGUUCACCUUUUAAAAGACAAAAGUGAGAAUGAUAAUUGCUUGAUGCCAACAACAGGAUGUCACAAAAGCCGUAGUCAGUAUCUUUGCCCACAGAAAGCUUCACAACAAUCCGCGGGCCCACCAAGUGGAGGACAAAGCCAGCUAUCCCUUUGGGAUGGGCGAAGAGGUACAGCUCCCGGAUCAGGCAGGAGUAGCGUGUUUUAUCUACCUGACAAUCAGAUACAAUUAAUGGCUUGCAUUUCAGAGCUUUCUUCAGCUUAUUACCAAAUUUUGGUGGGUCUAGGUGAAGAUCCUACCAGACAUGGGUUAAUAAAAACUCCGGAAAGGGCUGCAAAAGCCAUGUUAUAUUUCACCAAAGGAUAUGAAGAACGCGUGAGCGACAUGUUGAACGGAGCCAUUUUUGAUGAAGACCACGAAGAGAUUGUCGUAGUCAAAGAUAUUGACAUGUUUUCAAUGUGUGAGCACCAUUUAAUCCCAUUCGUCGGCAGUGUUUCUAUUGGAUAUCUACCCAACAAACGUGUAUUGGGUCUCAGCAAGCUCGCUCGUAUUGUCGAGGUGUAUUCGCGCCGGCUACAGGUGCAGGAGCGGCUGACUAAACAGAUCGCGGUGGCACUAGCUGAGGCGAUUCAGCCACAUGGAGUGGGAGUCAUUGUGGAAGCCACUCACAUGUGUAUGGUUAUGCGGGGAGUUCAGAAGGUGAAUGCAACUACGGUGACUAGCACCAUGCUUGGACAGUUUAAAGAUAGCAUUGAUGCCCGUGACGAAUUUAUGCGACUUGUUGGUCGUAAGUGA